ACGAUUGGAAUGGACAGCCAUGCACACAGAGAAGAGGGGCGAAGAGAGCCACAAGAAGCUCAAGAAAAUCGGCGAAGAUUUCGAAAACUCCUAUUUCGCAGCGUACGCUUUCUCGACACGAAAAUUAUCGCAUUCCAUUCAUCAACAUUCAAUCUCUCUGCAACGCCGGCCGAUCAAUUACCUUUUUAUCGACGAUACUUUUAUGUAUCAACGGCGAUCAAUUUAUUACAUCUCUGUUACGGCGGUGCAUUUAACGGUGUAAUUCCGGCGAUUUUUGAUAUCUGGAAUUCGUCAGCUAGGUUUCUCAAUGUCAGACGAAAAAUUGAUUAAAUGUACAUGAGCUUUUUCUUUGGAUAUAAAUGGGCAUUCCAGUAAAUAUUACUGUAGGUUCUCAUGUGUGGAUCGAGGAUCCAUCAGUUGCUUGGAUUGAUGGACAAGUAUCGGAGGUUAAUGGACAGGAAAUUCAGGUUCAGACAUCUGAUGGGAGGACGGUUGUAGCAAAUUUAUCAAAAACUUACCCCAAGGAUGAAGAUGCUCCUGAUGGAGGAGUUGAUGACAUGACUGAACUUUCAUAUUUGCAUGAGCCUGGAGUCUUACAUAAUUUGGCAACAAGAUAUCAACUCCAUGAAAUCUAUACUUAUACUGGAAGUAUUCUUAUAGCAAUUAAUCCAUUUCAAAAACUGCCUCAUUUAUAUGACGGCCACAUGAUGGAAAAAUAUAAAGGAGUACCACUUGGUAAACUAAGUCCUCAUGUCUUUGCUAUUGCUGAUGCUGCUUACAGGGCAAUGAUCAAUGAGGGUAAAAGCAAUUCUAUAUUGGUUAGUGGAGAAAGUGGUGCUGGUAAGACUGAAACUACAAAAAUGCUUAUGCGCUAUCUUGCCUAUUUGGGCGGCCAUAAAGGCACUCAAAGGCGGACUGUGGAACAGCAAGUACUGGAGUCAAAUCCAGUACUUGAAGCAUUUGGCAAUGCCAAAACAGUUAGAAAUAACAAUUCAAGCCGUUUCGGUAAAUUUGUGGAGAUUCAGUUCGACAAGAAUGGAAGAAUAUCUGGUGCAGCUAUUAGAACUUAUCUGCUUGAAAGGUCUCGAGUUUGCCAAGUUUCAGACCCUGAACGGAACUAUCAUUGUUUCUACCUUCUCUGUGCAGCACCGCAGGAGGAGAUCAAAAGGUAUAAGUUGAGGGAUCCCAAAUCAUUUCACUAUCUCAAUCAAUCAAAUUGCUAUGAACUAGUAGGCGUUAGUGAUGCUCAUGACUAUCUUGAGAUAAGGAGGGCAAUGGAUAUCGUUGGAAUUAGCGAGAAAGAGCAGGAGGCAAUUUUUAGAGUUGUGGCUUCUGUUCUUCAUCUUGGUAAUAUAGAAUUUGCAAAGGGCAAUGAAAUUGAUUCAUCUGUUCUGAAAGAUGACAAAUCUAGGUUUCAUCUUCAAACUACCGCAGAGCUUCUGAUGUGUGAUGUUACUUUACUGGAGGAUGCCCUACUGAGACGUGUAAUGGUCACUCCUGAAGAAGUUAUAAAGAGAAGUCUUGAUCCUGAAGCUGCAGCAGUAAGCAGAGAUGGGUUAGCUAAAACAAUAUAUUCUCGCUUAUUCGACUGGUUGGUGGACAAAAUUAAUAACUCGAUCGGGCAAGAUCCUAACUCCAAAUCUCUAAUUGGUGUUCUUGACAUUUAUGGUUUUGAAAGUUUCAAAAGUAAUAGUUUUGAACAAUUCUGCAUUAAUUAUACAAAUGAGAAGCUGCAGCAACAUUUUAACCAGCACAUGUUCAAGAUAGAGCAGGAGGAAUACUCUAAGGAAGAGAUAAAUUGGAGCUAUAUAGAAUUUGUGGACAACCAGGAUGUCCUAGAUCUUAUUGAAAAGAAACCUGGAGGUAUCAUUGCUCUUCUUGAUGAAGCCUGUAUGUUCCCCAAGUCAACUCACGAAACAUUCUCACAAAAGCUUUAUCAGAUAUUCAAGGCCAACAAACGCUUUAUCAAACCAAAAUUGUCCCGCACUGAUUUUACCAUUGCUCAUUAUGCUGGAGAGGUUCAAUACCAAUCUGAUCAAUUUUUGGAUAAGAACAAAGACUAUGUUGUUCCUGAGCAUCAGGAUUUGUUAAGUGCUUCUAAAUGCCCAUUUGUAGUGGGCCUUUUCCCUCCUGUUGCUGAGGAGUCAACUAAAUCUUCAUCCAAAUCGUCCAAGUUCUCAUCCAUUGGUUCUCGUUUCAAGUUACAACUCCAAUCAUUGAUGGAAACCCUGAAUUCUACAGAACCUCAUUACAUCAGAUGUGUGAAGCCUAACAGUCUUUUGAAACCUGCAAUAUUUGAGAAUGUUAACAUUAUGCAGCAGCUACGUUGUGGUGGUGUUCUAGAGGCAAUUCGAAUUAGUUGUGCUGGCUAUCCUACGCAUAAGACAUUUUCUGAAUUUCUGAAUCGAUUUGGCCUUCUUGCUCCAGAGGUCUUGGAAGAGCACGUUGAUGAAAAAGUUGCAUGCGAAAAGAUAUUAGAAAAGACAGGGCUUGCUUCUUAUCAGAUUGGAAAAACAAAGGUUUUUCUGAGAUCAGGGCAGAUGGCCGAGCUAGAUGCACACAGAGCAUUAAAGCUAACCACUGCAGUUAAGACAAUACAAAAGGAAACUAGAUCUCAUAUUGCGUGGAAAUAUUAUGUUUCUUUGCAGAAGGCUGCAAUUUGCUUACAAUCCUUGUGUCGAGCAAGGUUUGCUUUCAAAUUGUAUGUCACCAUGAAAAGAGAGGCUGCUUCUCUCAGAAUCCAGACAAAGUUCCGUGGACACUUGGCCAGAAAAUCCUACACAAAACUUAAAUGUUCAGUCAUUGCUCUUCAGACUGGAAUUCGAGUGGCAGCUGCACGAGAGAAGUUCAGAUAUGAAAAACAAACCAGGGCAGCAAUUAUUAUACAGGCCCAUGAGCGUCGUCACAAAGUCUUUUCAUAUUAUAAUAAACUCAUAUGGGCAUCAAUUCUAGCACAAUGCAGAUGGAGGGGAAGAGUUGCAAGGAGGGAGCUUCGGAAACUAAAGAUGGCUUCAAGAGAAUCAGGCGCACUGAAAGAGGCAAAGGUUAAGCUUGAAAAACAGGUUGAAGAACUUAAAUUGCAGUUGCAGUUGGAGAAACGUCUAAGGAUGGACUUGGAAGAGGCAAAGGACCAGGAAAUAGCAAAAUUGCAGAAUUCAUUGCGGGGCAUGCAAAGCAAACUGAAUGAAACAAAUACAUCGCCCAUCAAGGAAUAUGAGGCUGCUCAAAAAGCUAUUGAAGGAGACUCUUCAACAGUUGAAAAGAAAACGGUCCCAGUUGAGCAUGCAGAAACAGUUGAAGCUUUAACUGCAGAAGUGGAAAAUUUAAAGGUGUUAUUUAAAAAAGAAAAGCACCGUGCUGAUGAUUCUGAAAGGAAAUGUGCUGAAGCUCAGGAAUCAAGUAAGGAGAAGUGCCGGAAGUUAGAAGAGACCGAAAGAAAAGUUCAACAACUCCAGGACUCGCUUAACAGGAUGAUUUACAGCAUAUCAGACCAAUUCUCAGAGCUGAAAAAGAUAUUACGUCCCUCCUCCAGCCAGAGUUCAGCUUCAGGACUCAUUUCUAGAGGUUACCCAGAUGAUGCUACAUCUGCUUCAGCUGAUGCUGCGUCUGCUGACUCUGACUUCACAUUUCAAGCUCCUGGUUCAACUCCACCACAUUUAUCUUCCCCUGAUCCUCAUGAUUUCCAGCUUAUAGUUCAGGAUCUUGCAGCAGCUGAAAUCUCAGGUUCUGGAAACUGGGAAAAUGACCGAGAGGGGGUAUUCGAUGACUUUUUCUGAUGGAAAUUGCUCUUCAAUUUGUUGUGUCUCCCUAUACACACUACAGAGAUGCUAGCACUUUACUAGAUGAAUAGCCUACUUGAGCUUAUACUAGGCAUCUCAACCAGAUCUUUGACAACUACUUUGUACAGUAGAAUCCCAGACAGUUAAUGUUCAGGCUUGACGAAAAGCUGACCAACUUACAUUUGGAAAACAAAAAUCCAAGUCAGCUGGCUCUGUCAAUGGCUCAAAAUAUGAGAUGCUGUUGCUCCAGAUCAACGAUUCAGGAUCUGGCAUAGCACAUCAUUGAAUUCAAGCGUGAACUCAGAGGUUGAGUGAAGACCACAAAAAUAACUUAAUGAGAAAAAACAAGUGUCAAGAGUCAAGACUUGCUCAUCCAAUGUAUUGCACUGCACGUUUACUUCUUUAAGGAAAGAGCUGUUGCUGCUUGCAUUAUCUACAAGUGCCUUAAGCAGUGGCGUCCAUUUGAAGUUGAGUGGACCAGUAUCUUUGACAGUGUGAUACAACGGAUAGGCAAGCUAUUGGGGUACGAAUUAAUGUUGUUAGAAUGUUGUUAUGUGCAAAGCUUUGAUUCAAUUAAAUAAAUGCAGGUUCUUUUUCCACGUAAAAGGUAGUUAUUCUGAAUUAAAACCUAUUGGCUAGCCGAGACAUCCACUCUGUUCGUGCUGCUGCAACACACAUUAGAAGUUGGUAUUCUGCUGGGUAAUACCCCACAAGCAGUGACAUUGGCUACUCUUCCGUAGAAUGACACAGCUGGUGUAGUGGAUACCCUGAGCCAUUUUGAAGACAAAUAUCCUCCUUUGCUGUUUAAAUAGCAGCUGAACAGCAUAAGUGGAGAAGAUUUAUGGACUAAUCUGCGAUAAUUCUGCUUUUUGGAUUCUGCAUCAAGGCUACAAGAUUAUCCAGACCAGGAAUACUUAAUGAGACAGCAGUACACUCGCCAAUGCUGCUACUCAGGAAAAUUUUGGUGCUCACUGCUGACGUGUCAGCGUUGCUGUCUUUCUAAAAAUCCAAUCAUGUUUAUAGCUGACUGGUGGCGAACUGCGGAAAGAGCAGGUGUGCCAAUAAACAUGUGUAAAACUUGGAAAGCCUGUAGAUUAAGAGAGAGACACCAAACACAAUUUUGCUACAGAAUUAUGCAGUAGUAAUAGUUACACUCUGAGCACAAUAUUGCAGCAGAAUCAAAAGUUCAAUGAACAAUCAAUCGACUAGAUCUGUAUCCAAAACUAUAUAAGUCAUCUGUUUAUGUUUAGAGGAUUCUUCAUAACCUAAUUAUUUUUACCUAG